AUGGUCGCACAAUACCAUGCGCCAUGCGGGCACGCCCUGUGUCUGGCGACUGGCAGCCGCCGUAUCUUGACAACUGACGAUGUGCUUCGCCGCGCGAUUGAACGACAUCCACAACGCACUGUGCCUCAAAGUCGCCGGAUAAUGUCGCAUCGUGGGCCACUAGAGAGCAAACGUCGACUCGGGAAGCGAACAUUGACUGGCGCCAUGUACCCUCAUCCACAUGCGGUGCCCUCUUGGCACAUCGAGGUUCUGUCCAAUGCGACAUGGCAGUGGCAUGCACCUACGGCACCCGAAGAACGCCGAAUUCGAUCACGUCAGGUAUCAAUACCGAGCCUAUGGGGUAAAUUCCUCAAGUGGUUGGAAAUGUCAGACGCCGACAAGCCAUUCAUCCUUCCUCCGAAAGACAUUGAUGACUACCCAAGCUUCUCAAAGACGAUCCAGGACCUGCGGCUCAACAUCUCCUCACUUGCUUCAACCGACGCAAACACUGUUCAGAAUAUCUGCCAGGCCUAUUGCGUCUCAAUACAAGAGGGCAUCUUACUAGGAUACAUUUCCACCGAGGACAUGCUAGUGGCAUUGGAUCCUUUCGAUUCGGCCUCCCGCAAGGCCAUAUCAGACAUGGGAAUCAGCGGCAAGAUAUUUUCAACGAUUCGGUCAUCCAUUGCCGAAGCCCUUGAAGCUACACAGAUAAGCAGACCAGAUGCUGUACUGGACGAGAUGUGGACAGCCAUGUUCAAGUUCGUCGCCGCCAUCAACGACCGAUUCCACGACGUGAGCUGCUUCAACAAGUUAAUGCUCGCCAUGCCCGAGUCAGCCAAAGCAAGCCUACCCAACAACACGCUCUUUAUAUACAUCGCGACCUUUGUCCAAUCGCAAGCGACACGAGAUCAUCGCAACCCGGCCUGGCGAUGGUGCUGUGCCAAAAUCGGAACCGCUCUUGCCCAGCUCAGCGAGGGUCAGCGACUUUCAGUAUUUACCAAAAUGAGCCACUAUAUCCAGAACGCACGAUGCGAUGCAGACACCAGAAUGAAGAGGUCGUUCGCUUGGCUUCUCAUCCAGGCGUACGAUUCAUGCCUGACUGCUAGGCCAUUCACCCAAAUAUAUAAUCAGAGCUCAGGGCGGCGCAUGGAUCACAACGGUUACCGAAUCUGGCAACUAGCAGUCGCUCGCCUCUACAGCAAUGGAUCUCUCUCGAAAGAUGCUCACAAGCAGAUUGCCGGUUGGAACUACCACGACGGCCUAUCACAAAGAUGGACAACCACUGUCAAGACAUUGUUGGCAACUGAACAUCCUGAAGCCGCAAUAGCCUCACUAUGCGACUUUCUGACAGAUAUUGGUGAAACAUGGCACCUCAUCGAGGGGCUCAUCCUUUCUCACGCAGAGGACCCUUGCGCUGAAGUGCUUCGCACCGUCGCCGAGACCUGCGGGAAGCUGGACAUCGCCAUAGCACUCGGCAUCGCUGCCAACGACACCAAGCACGGCAGCCAUUUACUCUGUGCAGGCCUAUCCGGGAGCAGCGAGGAGCAGUUUGAGAAAUUCAUGACGUAUCCGAAGGCGGAAUCGUAUGCCUGGCGCGCAAUCAAGGCCGAGGGCGGCACAGUCGAGUCCAAGAUGGAGCUGAUUGAUUUCCUCAGCGACAUGUACUCCUCUCGUGCCUCUCUAAGCAGAAGCCAAAGGAUACGGCGCGUCCGACGAGCAGUGGCCUAUCAGAUGGCCCUCACCGGCAAGGUGUCUCCGACUGUUGUACGCAACACUGUCGAUGCCGUCACCCUGGACCUCGACGCGGGACACUCGGGUCGCAAAACGCACCUGCAGUGGGCCACCAAGCUUGUUCACGAUCAGGUGGGCCCGGAUGUCGCGCUCAAGAUGCAGAAGCAGCUGGAAGGGUGGCGACAUUUGAUUCGCAACGCUACUCCCCACGCCGACGCCGCCCGAGCGUCGGUGACGGAGGUACAAAGAAGCCGCUCGGCAGAGACAACAGGCGCGUUGGAUGACCGCAACACGCUAGAAGAGGAUAGCAAACGCGAGCGCCAGCCCAGUCUUUCGAAUCGUUUUGACUGA